GAUAAACGUUGACAUCGGGUUUGACGCACAGGAUCGACUCGUACUCGCCCUCAGCCGCCAUCUUGAUUCAGCUGUCAUUGAUCUGACGGAUCUGGUUUCUCUCGUCCUGAAACAAGACAGUGCAGGCCGGAGGAAGACAGGCCAGCAGGAUGAACACUCACUGAGCCGCCCACUGCACGCAAACAACGUAAAAAUAAGAUUUUGACAGCCAGACUUCAUAGAAGCUCAGAGUGGUUUGAUUUCCCACCCAUACCCCACCACUCAGACACCAUGACGUCUUCUAUGCUCCGCCGACAGCUGAAAAACCUGGUCCAGAACUACUCGGAGGCUGAGGUCAAGGUGAGAGAGGCAACAUCUAAUGACCCAUGGGGCCCAUCCAGCUCUCAGAUGGCUGAUAUCUCUGAUCUGACAUACAAUGUUGUGGCCUGCAAUGAGAUCAUGACGAUGCUCUGGAAACGCCUGAAAGAUGACAAGAACUGGAGACACAUCCACAAGUCCCUAACCCUUCUGGAGUAUCUGUUAAAGACCGGUGACGACCGUGUGCUCCUGAAAAUGAAAGAAAACAUCUACAUCGUCAAAGCCCUUACCGAGUACCGCUUUGUAGAAAAGGAUGGCAAAGAUCAGGGUGUGAAUGUGAGAGAAAAGGCCAAGGUUGUCCUCGUUCUUAUGGAGGACGAUGAGAAACUAAAAGAGGAACGAGACUUUGCCAUCAAGACCAGAGAGAAGACGUCAAAAGGAUCUGCUGCCUCAUCCUCAGACAUCACCAAGGAUUCCAGCUACAAGCCGUGCUAUGUUCCCGGGGCCACAGGGCUUCCAUCCUUAGACAACAUACCCUCAGUGGCCGACUUGACCGCUUCCUUCACUGCCCGCAAAGAGGAGCGUCUUAGACAGGAAGCUGAGAAGAAAGAAGCAGAGAGAAGGGCCAAGAUGAGUGAAGAGGAGCUAAAAUGGGAGGAUGCAGGCAAAGGCAGAGACAUUAAAGGAGAUAAAGCAGAGAAGGUGGUGAAACCAGACCCAUGGGGAGCCCCCAAAGAACCUAUAGAGGCCACAGAUCCAUGGGGCACCCCCACAAGACCUGAGACAACCGACACGGCAGCUAGCAGUGAUCCUUGGGUGGCUCCAGCUAAAACCGAUGAAGAUCCUUUCACAGCAACAACAAUGGAUGAUGAUCCAUUUGCUGCACCAAAGAAUGGAGAAGAUUUUGCAGCACCUAAAGCUAAACACGACCCAUUUAGUGCAUCAAAAGAUGAUCCUUUUAGUGCAUUGAAAGACAGUUCAGACCCCUUCAGUGCACCAGAAGACAAGGAUGAUCCAUUUGCUGCUCCAAAAGAUAAACCAGAUCCCUUCGGUUCAUCUAAUAAUGAUCAAUUUAAUACACCGAAAGAUGAUCCAUUCAGUUCCUCAAAAGAAGAUCCAUUUAACGCUCUAAAGAAUGAUCCCUUUAAUAACCUGAAAGACGAUCCUUUUAAUACCCCAAAAGAUGACCCAUUCAGUACUCCAAAAAAUGAUCCCUUCACCGCACCAGUAUCAACACCCCCUAAAGAAGACCCAUUUGCAGUUCCAGCGUCAUCUAAAAAUGACCCAUUCACUGCUCCCACAACACCCCCUAAAGAAGAUCCUUUCUCUGCAAAAGCUAAAUGUACCUCAGACGACCCUUUUGCUGCACCAACUACACCACCCAAAGGGGAUCCUUUCUCCGCAACAUCCAGACCUCCAAAGGAUGACCCCUUCACUGCACCGACAACACAUCCUAAAGAUGACCCCUUCGCAGUCUCAUCCAGCCCACCAAAAGAUGAUUCCUCAGAUCCCUUUGGUGUCCGUCCAUUGAAUUCACCCCAAGGCAGUGGAGAUGCAUGGGGAGUCCUUGCCAGUUGUCCACCUGCCACUGGGUCACAUCCCUGGGGGACGUCAUCAGCUCCAAAGGAAACAAAGGGUGGAGGUCCCUGGGAGGAUGUGGCAAGUGGCUCCUCACCCAUUGAUAGUUCUGAUCCAUUUGGGCAUGCAUCCAAACCAGACAAUGACCCAUGGGGGGCAUCAGCUCCAGUUAGUGCAGAUGAUGCCUGGGGUUCACCCGCUCCGCCCUCAGACUCAUCCCCAUCUAGCAACCCCUUUGGAGACGGAGCAUCUCACACCAGUGAUCCCUGGGGUGCAUCCAGCAAUGGCACAGGAGAGCAGACGACGCAGAAAGAGGAGAUGUAUAAAAAGACUGCUUCAUUCUUGGGCUCGGCGGGGGCAUCGCUGGUUGACUUGGACCAUCUGUUUUCCUCACACCCCAAACCUAAACAUCGCCCCCUUACCAAUACGCUCGCUGCCCAGACACAAGCCAUCGGCACAUUCAAAGCCAGGGGCGUGACAUCAGCCCUACAUGGCAGUCCUUUUGGUUCCACCUUUGCUCCCUUCCAUGAUGCAUCGUCACCCACUUUUGGAGCUGCUUAUCCUCACAGUGGUACGCCCCUAUUUCAACUACCUUCCCAAACAAUGGGAGGGUCUCAUUCUGGCUUUAAUAUGUUUCAAGCAGCUCAGGUGGCUCCUCCCUGCUCAGGAGCUGGAAUGGUACAACCUAUUUCAGUAGGAGGGAGUCCACAAAUGGGACCUAACAUGAACCCACCCUGUGGAGGAGUGGGAGCGGUGCAGUCUGGAUCUCUGAUGGGGAAUCCAAUGGCAGACCCUCUUUUACUGGGAACAGGAAUGGGUCAAUCCAGUUUCUUUGGAGGGAGUCAACGAAUAGGAGUGGCUCACCUGGCAGGUUCAACCUCAGAGCUUGGGGGCGGUGUCCUAACACAGCCGCAGCUUCUCUCAGGCAGUGGGUUGACUAAGACUGUGAACAAAAAUAACAAUCCAUUCCUGUUCUGAUAAUUUGACAUGGGAUCUCUCUUUCUGGUAUCCAAAUUGUAAAAUGAAGUUUGGUUUUCUGGACAGAUAGUUAAAGCACCGCAGGGAGUAGCUGUACAUGUGUUCAUUACUGGUGAUUAUUAGCCAUAAACUAUAGUAAUUCAUUUGCAGGAAUCUGAUUAUUUUCAUUAACGCGUUCAUCUUCUGAUCAGCAUCAAUUAAUUGAUGAAUCAUUUUGUUUAUAAAAUGAUAGAAAGUAAUGAACAAUGCCCACAGACCCAGGUGAUGCCAGAUUUAUUAUGACUGUUCAAAACCCUUAGAUACCUUUGCUGCCAUUACAACAGAGAAAACCAUUGAGUCCUUGUAUCUGAGAGGCUAGAGACAGUGAAUAUUUGUGAUAGUUAAUAAAAAAAAGCCAAAUGAAAGAUAUGUUAAUCAACUAAUUGUGACAGCUCUACAAGAAUCUUGGCUGGAAGCUGCUGUGAUUGUGUUACUUUUCACAGUAAAGCAGGCUCAGUGUUUGGUGGUGGGCUGAGCCAAAUCAGUGGCAGCCUGGAAGAAAACGAUAAACGUGGGAUGAUUGGCAGCAGUAGAUGCAACAGCACGCUGAUGACACUACAGUUAAACCCAUCAGCUCCCCAGCCUUUCCCUUCGGUCCUGGAGCUCUCCACAUGUCCAGCUAAUGCAACAGCCAUGGUGUAAAUGUAUGAUGAGAUGUGUUUCAGCGUGCAUACUUCUUGGAUCAGUAAGUUUUUGUUUCUCAUGCACCAGCUUCAGAGGCAGAGACCACCUGAGUGUGUGUCUGUGUGGAAACAGUGAAGAACUACUGUCUAUGUGAGUGAUUCUGUAAAACAUUAACUGAAUUGAUCUGGGAAGUACAUCACUGUUGGUGUGUGUGUGUGUGUGUGUGUGUGUGUGUUUGCACAAGGCAGAGUGUGUGAUAAUGUAAAUAGUGGAAAUAAUCACAGAUAAACCUUGGAUUAUAGUGUAAAUCAAAGUGUUACUAUUCUGAGUAACUAUUUAUUGAUCUAUUUAUUGCUUGAUUAUUUAUUGAUGCAGCAGUGCAGGAUGACCUCUAGCAGAUACAUCUGCGGGUAUUGAUCACAUGUGACGUCAGGUCUGAUGGGCUUUAAUCUUAUUGGCUGCUGAAACACUGUCAAGUCAGUAACCAACGGUGGCUUUAUGGUCCCUGUCCUGGAUCCGCUGUGGAUCUCUGUCUCCCAGCAUUAGCCAGGAAGCAGAAAUGUUUUGUUGUGUGACGUUUAGCUGCAGUGUUGGCUGAAUAAAAACCGAACUUCAACAUAUCUGCUUCUGUAACGUGCAUGCCGUCUCAGCGGAUCCUCCUCUGUAACCAUAUUUGUGUGUACCUGGGUCUCUUCUAUUUGCUGUGUGAGUGAUAAAUGAAAUAUUUCAACACACACCUGUGCAGAAACACAAAUAUGUGCAGAGGGAUCCACUUCCCAUUUCUUCUGGGCUCUACAGACAGAAGUUGCACUUUGUCUUUAGCAACAGUAGCAGAGUUCAGUGGGAACCGGCUCAGUAAAUUUGGCCACCUUGAAAGCAAACAGAACCAGUUACAUUAAAGAGGUUACCUAGUUUUGAAUUGUUGGUAUUGUUUGUGUUUCUUAGGCACGUGUGUCCUUUGUGUGUUCUUCUUUGGUGGGAAAUGGACUGAAAGAAAGUGUAGCUUCCAGGAGUUCUAGUGGAGAACAAUGGAGAUGGGAAAACACGGUUUUAUUUCUCAAAUUUAAUUUUGUAUGAAAUGAAUUUAUUUUGCCUGUAUUUAAAUUUAAAACUGUGUUGUAAACUGUGACGUAUGCAGUGCAUUUGAGAAAUAAAAAGGAUAGAAGAAGUGA